CCUCCUCCGGGCGCCGCGUGCGGGACGGUGCUGGAGCGCGGAGGCAGCAGUUGGAGGCGACGCGGAGCGAAGAGCACGGGCGCGAGGGCGGCCCAGCUCAGCGGGUCCCUGCACGCGGUGCUCUGGAGCACCAGGAGCGCGGGGCUGACUAUCGCCGAACCCAGCCUGUUUCUGCUCCCGAUCAGCUAAGGACCCCGGAGAGCAAAGGCUCCGGAACCACCGAACUGAUGGCGUCUUCCACCCCUUCUUCUUCCGCAACCACCUCCAACGCAGGAGCGGACCCCAGUACCUCCAACCUGCGCCCCACAACUUAUGACACCUGGUGCGGUGUAGCCCAUGGAUGCACCAGAAAACUGGGACUAAAGAUAUGCGGCUUCCUGCAAAGGACCAACAGUCUGGAAGAGAAGAGCCGACUUGUGAGUGCCUUCAAGGAGAGACAGUCCUCUAAGAAUCUUCUUUCCUGUGAAAACAGUGACAGAGAUGGCCGAUUCCGGCGCACGGAGACUGACUUUUCCAACCUGUUUGCUCGAGAUCUGCUUCCAGCUAAGAACGGGGAGGAGCAGACGGUGCAGUUCCUGCUGGAGGUGGUGGACAUUCUCCUCAACUAUGUCCGCAAAACAUUUGACCGCUCCACCAAAGUACUGGACUUCCAUCACCCACACCAGCUGCUGGAAGGCAUGGAGGGUUUUAACUUGGAGCUCUCUGACCAUCCUGAGUCCCUGGAGCAGAUCCUGGUUGACUGCAGAGACACCCUAAAGUAUGGAGUUCGCACAGGUCAUCCUCGAUUUUUCAACCAGCUCUCCACUGGGUUGGAUAUCAUUGGUUUAGCUGGCGAAUGGCUGACAUCAACUGCCAAUACCAAUAUGUUUACAUAUGAAAUUGCACCAGUGUUCGUCCUCAUGGAGCAAAUAACACUUAAGAAGAUGAGAGAGAUAGUUGGAUGGUCAAGUAAAGAUGGUGAUGGGAUAUUUUCUCCUGGGGGAGCUAUAUCUAACAUGUACAGCAUCAUGGCUGCUCGCUACAAGUACUUCCCAGAAGUUAAGACAAAGGGCAUGGCGGCUGUGCCCAAACUGGUUCUCUUUACGUCUGAACAUAGCCACUAUUCCAUAAAGAAAGCUGGGGCUGCACUUGGUUUUGGAACUGACAAUGUGAUUUUGAUAAAGUGCAAUGAAAGAGGAAAGAUAAUCCCAGCUGAUUUAGAGGCAAAAAUUCUUGAAGCCAAACAAAAGGGAUAUGUUCCUCUUUAUGUCAAUGCAACUGCUGGCACAACUGUUUAUGGAGCUUUUGAUCCAAUCCAAGAGAUUGCAGAUAUAUGUGAGAAAUACAACCUUUGGCUGCAUGUUGAUGCUGCCUGGGGCGGCGGACUGCUCAUGUCCAGGAAGCACCGCCAUAAACUCAGUGGCAUAGAAAGGGCCAACUCAGUCACCUGGAACCCUCACAAGAUGAUGGGCGUGCUGCUGCAAUGCUCAGCCAUACUUGUCAGGGAAAAGGGUCUGCUCCAAGGAUGCAACCAGAUGUGUGCAGGAUACCUCUUCCAGCCAGACAAGCAGUAUGAUGUUUCCUAUGACACAGGGGACAAAGCAAUUCAGUGUGGACGCCAUGUGGACAUUUUCAAGUUCUGGCUGAUGUGGAAAGCAAAGGGCACAGUGGGGUUUGAAAAUCAGAUCAACAAAUGCCUCGAACUGGCUGGCUACCUCUAUGCCAAGAUUAAAAAUAGAGAAGAAUUUGAGAUGGUUUUUGAUGGAGAGCCUGAGCAUACAAACAUCUGCUUCUGGUAUAUUCCACAAAGCCUCAGGGGUGUUCCGGAUAGCCCUGAGCGACGGGAAAAACUACACAGGGUGGCUCCAAAGAUCAAAGCCCUGAUGAUGGAGUCUGGCACAACCAUGGUGGGCUACCAGCCUCAGGGAGAUAAGGCCAACUUCUUCCGGAUGGUCAUCUCAAAUCCAGCUGCUACCCAGUCUGAUAUCGACUUCCUCAUUGAAGAAAUAGAAAGACUGGGCCAGGACCUAUAAUUAACUGCAGUAGAACCUAUCUAUAUCUAUGAGAGCUCCCUUCGCCCUCUGGCACUCCAAAAUAAGUUGCUGAAAUACACAGGCCAUUUCAUGGAGGGAAAAUAGGCUACCCUGGAGAAUACUGUCAAAACCUUACUUAGGCUUGUUGUAGUUAGCGGGAGAUCACAUUCUGUUUAAAAGUUGCACAUUAGGCAUACAGUAUAUAUGUACAGUUAUAUAUACCCCCAUCUCUCCAUAUAUUUGGAGUGUGACUUAGUAAUAGAAGACCACAGCAUGUCUCCCACUCUGUGAAAAUUAACUUUAUCUUCAGCAGUUACCAAGAGGCCACACAUACUGCAAACCAGCUUGCCCAGCAACCAUUUGAAAACAGUUUUUCAAAAAUGUCAUGCCAUGGGGACCAGGGGAGAUGCUGUUGGUGGCAGCUGACCUCAGUGUCAGUGUUUCUCCUGCCAAAGUGAUGAUGGAUGAGACAAAGCACCACUAGAUGACAAGAGUCACGCCUUGCCCAUUAGUAUCCUGUUAGGGGAAAUAGUAGCAAAGACAUUAUUACAGAGGUCCUAUUGCUGUGUUUUCAGAGAUUAAUUUGUGUAGACUGUGUAUAUUACUGUUCUUUGACCUUGGAGGAGAGAGAGAACACAGGUGAUGAUUGUUUAAUUGUAGGUAAAUGAAAUGUUUGCUUAUUUAUAGUCAGAUUUACCAUGUGAAAGAGGUGUCUUUUAUUUUAUUCCCAUUUGUAAUGUAUCUUAUUUAUAUAUAAAUGCAGUAAGUUCUGAAAACUGUUUAUGGUAUUUUCGUGCAUUUGUGAGCCAAAGAAAAAAGACAGUGAGAUUUGUAUAUAUAUUAGAGUGCCCUUAAAAUAAUUUAAGUAUAUACAUUUAUUGCCUGUAAGAGAAUAAUUCUAACAUUGUACAGUCUUCUAUAUGGAAAUCCAUUACUUAAAUAGCAUCUGUUCUUCUCUUUCUCUGGCUGUAUGUAUGGUAGUCUCAAAGCUUUUCUAGUAAUUAUUGGACAAUAACUAGAUCUCCUGUAAUUUUGUAGUAGUUUAUGACCAAUCUCUGUGACUCGCUUAGCUCAAACCUAAGGCAAUGUUUUCCGAAGACCUUUCAAAGAUCUCAGAUUAACUGACCAGGCUCAUAACUGUUUUUGAAGAAAGGAAAUCCACACUGUGCAUUUUAGAGUAUGCAAGAAGAAUAUAAAUAAAUAAAUAAAUAAAAUUCUCCAUGGAGAAUUUGAACAAAA